AUGGCCGCUACGACUGAUUUCAUUAGCGAAAUUAACAGCAAGUCAAUGUAUUGGAAAUUAAAAGUUCGUAUUGUCAGGCUUUGGGAAAACACGGAUCAUGAUCGACCAGAUUGUCCUUUUUCUAUCGAGGUUAUUCUGAUGGAUGAAAAGGGCGAUCGCAUUCACGCGAGUCUUGGCAGAUCUCUAUUCCCAAAUUUCAGAGAAAGUAUUAAGGAAAUGGGAUUGUACUUUAUUAAGAAUUUUGUGAUCAAGCCAUAUUUGAAAGAGUCCAAUGACAAGCCUAUUGUCGUUUUCAUGCAGUUGAUUAGAUCACAUCGAUUCAGAGACCAAAUUUCGGUGAAAAACACUAGGCAUGCUUUCAAGCUUUAUAUCAAUUCAAGUCUUCCUCAAGUUGAUGAAUUUUCAUCACGAAUUAAGUUUGUUCUUGGAGAAAGCUCCCAACGGCUUACACGGAUUUCUUCACAAAGGAAUCAAUCUAUUGCUACUGAGUUGGCAUCAGGAAAUGUUACAGUACAUGAGAUUGAGAAGUUGAUUGACUGUAGGCAUCAAGAGAAUUAUUAUAUUGUGGCAAAGAUAAUUCAUCUUGAAAUAGACUGUGGAUGGUACAAGCUAAAAGUUAGAGUUUUGGAUGAUACUGGCACAAUUUCUGUGAUGUUGUGGGAUGGGGUAGCAACAAAGAUGAUUGAAAAAUCUGCUGCUGAUUUAUUUGAGACUACUGGUGCUGCAAAUAAGUCUGCAUAUCCUAUGGAGUUGGACAAUAUUGUGGACAAUACAUACAUGUUUAAAUUGGAAUUACAGAGCUCCAAUGGUCAAGGUCAAGAUGAAGUCUUUAAAGUUGUUACGUUUACUGAUGACGAAGAUAUUAUAGAAAAAUACAGGCCUCCACCACGUGGAGAGACAUUCAAGGAUCCAGAUUUCAAUGAUAACCAAGUCAGUCUUGACGAUCGUGAAUUCAUGGAUUCCACUGAAGAUACUGAGUUGAUCAAUGUCUCACAGACGCCUAACAAGAUAAAGAAAAUUGAUGCCGCAACAGUUGAUGAAGAAGAUCCUAACUCACAGUUGUCAGGAAAUAAAAUCAAGAGAGUCUUUAAGAAGAAGAAGACAACCUAA